UCUUCCCUAGCUCCUCCCCUUCCCAUGGUCCCUUAUAUAUCCCCCGCCACUACAUUCAGCAGAGUGUACAAUGUGCUGCCAGAGAGCCAGCAGGCAGUGUACAGAGAAACAGCCAGAGAGGGAGGGAGAGAAGGGGAAAGUGCUAGAGCUUACUACGAACAGGAUCCAAGAGGCCAACGCUACAGCCUUGUUUCAGGAUCCACCAGCCCACACCAUCAAGAUGGGUGGCACAACGGGCCACCUGGCUUGCCAAACCCAGCCCCAGACCAACUCGGGGCAGGAGGGUCAGUCCCUGGAGGCCGGUGGUGCCAAAGUCCCUGAGGUGCUCUCCUCUCUGGAGCGUCUGUCGCAGGCCACUGGAGGCAUGGAGAAGUCCUGGUACCGCUGCAUCUUUCCCUUUGGAAUCAUCUCUUUGGUGAUCGGUGUAGCAGGAACGGGGGUGACCUACACCUAUAAUGACUUGCCUCAGACUAAAGUGGUGUCAGUGGUGCUACUUGUCAUGGGUCUUUUGCUGUUGCUGAUGGCCACCGCCUGUUGGACUGUCCACAAGAAGAAGAGAAGGAAAAAGAAAGAGGGAGGCUCGUUCACCUCUGAGCAGUGUCCCCUGUGAAGCACAUGGGGAAAGCAGUGAUAAGAACUCCAAAGCAGAGACAUAGCCAGGGCUCGGAGCUCAAGGGUUGGCUAAAGAAGCCGCCACUUCACCUCCUCCCAGCACCAAAUCCCCUCUAUUCUUUAUCACAGAGUUUGGCUCAGGUCAUACCGGAGAGAACUUGGGCUGAGAAAUCAUAGAGAGUGGAAGGACAGAUAGGUGGGACAUGAGGAUAUGUUUAGUCUGCGAAGUUUGGACCAUUUUGUAUUGUCAAGGAGGGAUCACCAAUGCCUCACACGUUUUUUUAUCGUCAGACAGCAAGUGUCCAGUGUCAAAACAACCUCGGAGGAGGCACACAAAUAUGCAUUGCACACUGCAUGCAUAUUUACACGCACGGAUACAUGGCCCUCGCAAUCGUCACUCACAUAUGCACUAGCAGUCACAGUGGGAGCUCGCGCAGACACCUAACACCCUAUGCAGAGCGGCUGCUGGAGUCAAUGCUGGCGUCACUAGGCACGUCAGUCACAGCAUUCCUCUUUCCAGGACAGGUGACUCUCCAAGAGGCCAGAAGUGGGCCAAAGACGGCAACCUGAUACCCAGCCGAAAGAGCAGCGCACCCGCGUCAGCGGCAAGCGUCAUUCACUCGUCCUGUGACACCGCAGCAAUGUGUUGGGGGCUUUUUUUACGCAAUGGGAGAGUGGAACUUGAGUCCAGUAGGAUCUUACUGGCAUCUGUGUGGACGAUGAACUGGAGAGGGCAGGGGACCUGCUGGGGAAGUGGAAGGUGUUUGUAUGUGCUCAAAUAAAGAUUCUGGUUAACUGAAAGACUGUUGGACCUUCACUACUAAGGAACAAAAGAUUUGCACAUAUUGCCAUGACCAUGCCAAGCAAGAGAAACUUUCAGUCAAGCAAAAUACUCUCAAAGGCCUUUUGUAGCUUCAGCUUCAAAUUACAAAGGAGUGGGGCACUUUCUUUUUGUCAAUAUGCGAGCAUUUAUGUCCAGCCUAGUGUCUUUGUGGGGCAGGGCAGGCCAGGAUUAUUGAAGGACACUGCCUGAAGGGACAUGACACUGCAGGGACACUUUGACUGAUCCUGCUCCCCUACAGCCCCUCCCGCUUGGUGCCUUGAGUAAGCACUCAUGGAAAAAGGCUCUGUCGCAUUCCCCUGUUUCCAUCUGAACCCCUGAGAAGGUCCCCUCUUGUUCUAUCCUCCUCCAUCCUACAGCCCCAGUUUCUGACUUGAUCCCACUCAUUUCCCCGUUGUGAUAUAGUCCAGUAGGAAGUAUGUACAGCCUUUUGACACACAAGUUAAGACACACACACAUGUACACACAUCCACAGACAUUUGUCUUUAUCUCUCUGUGCCAAAGAAAGUGGAUUAUUUUCUCUCUCAUAGUGGAAAGAAUAUUGACUGAGAGUGAGUGGCAAAUCCCUUUGUCAGUCUGAAAAUAGGGUACAAGGCUGUUCUCUAGUGAAUACUGCUUUAACGUUUAUGCUCUGAGUGACUCUGGGGUUUCCCUUUCCUUCACUUUUUCUUUUAGAGAGAAUGAGUGAAUGUAGAUGUGCUCAGCUCCACAUCUGUGAAUAGGGGCUUUCUGUUGGUGUGUGGUCUCACAGGAUGAGACACACAAUGGCAUUUUAUUCUUGUCUUAAAUAUUCUCAUUUCUGUCACUUGCAACGUUUGUCAUGUAAAGGAGUGCGUACUAGCACUCCUUUACCCUUGUGAACCACAUUGAUCACUGUUGUGUCGAUUCUGGCUACCAGAUUAGUGACGCUUGUUGCUGAGUAAAAUGUGUCUAUGCAUCCAGAGGUAGCAGUUGACGCACAAUGCCAAAGACUGUCCUGAAGGUCAGCUUGCCAAUACAAGGCUGCAUCUGCCUGUCUGCUUCAAUAGACAUGAAAUGCAUCAGUCCUUUCUCGCACAUUUUUUGCAGCUCAGUGUGCAUUAAGACGUUCUGUCGCAUACUGAUACUGACUGUCAGCCAAACUCUGUUAGUUUAAACAAAGGGAAGAAGGAACAAAAAGGAGCUAAUGGUGGAAGACAAAAGCAGAACCUGGGAAAUAAUUUCUUUCACUUUUAUGUGGGAGUGGGGAGCUGUUCCCGAUCAGCCAUCCUGAACAGGGCAGUAUUAUUCUUAGGGGAUAUGAUGUAUUACUGGCAACAGCAGUGAAAAUGCUGAGUUAACUGAAGUGGAGUAAGUGUUCUUUGAACCCUUAUCUUCUGACAAAAAAUAGGACUAACAUAGACUAAAAUAGGACUGUAUGACCACAUCAGCCCUUAAUUACUUUCAAGGUAAACUUAAAAGGAAAUGCUCAUGAAGAGUAUUUAUGAGUAUUUUUAUUUAGCUCAAUGCACGGGUGACCUCUGAACAGUGAGACAAGAGAGAAGCCCCAGUAUUAAAAUACAUUAGAUUAUGACAUUGACAACCUACGCACGCUUCUACUAUGCCCUGAAUUUUGGCUUGUGUAUCAAUGCAAUUUGCACAUGUAUAGUAUAGAUUUACUAUGUAGUACGUUGUGGUUGCAUAGCUGUACUAUAGCUGUAAUUUUCAAGCUAUAUUGUGCCUGUGUGUUGACACUACAAAUCGAUGGCAGGUGACCAGAAUUUGUUUGUUAGAGAUGUGAAGUGAUUUCCCUUCUGCCUUCUGAAAAAUUAAAGGGAAAAUCUACCUCUCUCUGCUGCAUGGGAAAUAUGUCCCUCAUUCAGUAGACAGCCAUGCUGCCUGCCUAUGCUGUUCGUCACUCCAGUGAGUGACACAAAAUAUGUUUCUUUGUGUGCCCUCUAAUAUUUGGUAAUGUAUAUACGACUAUUUUAUAUUUUUACUGUGUAUUUCUACUUAUAUGUACAUUUUAAGUGUUGUAUUAAAUAAAUGUUAUGUGAACA